AUGAUGAUCACAGAGUCGUCACUUGCAGAGAUGCUUGCGAUCAGGUGGUGGCUACAGCUGGCCAAGAGUAUAAACAUUGAGAAUAUUGUCAUUCAAUCUGAUUCUACACUCGCGGUGGACUGCAUCAACUCUUGCUUAGAUAUUGCAGUAUUAACCCCGAUUGCUGUGGAUUGUAGGUUUCUUUUGAGUGGUUUUAAACUGGCUUCUGUUAUGUUUAUUCCUAAGAAUUUGAAUGUUAUUUCCCACAAUCUCGUAAGACUUGGUCAUUCUAAAAGGGAUAAGACGUGGUUGGGGGCUUGUCCCUAUUAG